UUAGACAUGAAUUCCUAUUUUCUGCAAGUAAACAUUUGCUCUAGAAGCAACUCUAAACCAGCAAAUACAACCACUUUUUCACAGUAUGUCUCCGUGCUAGAUAAGAUCAGUGACGCACCUGUGCUGGAUUCAAAUCGUUUUAAAAUAGGUCUUUAGAUUUGUUCCCUCGUGCACGUCAAUCUCUGCGUGUGAACAGCUCACUUAGUUCUUAAGCAACAAUAUUGCCUAUUGAAUAAUGCACCUUCUUUAAACAAAAGAUACUUUUUGUUCUCAUGAAGCUUUGUCUGCUGCCAUUUCCAGAAACAAAUGACACAAAAGACAAAUUCUGCCAUCUUCAAAAGUGGUUUUAGACAAACAGAAACAGCAAACAAAAUAACUGAGCAAAAGCUUAAACAAAAUCAAGGAAUGUGGGCCUGACACUCAGUGUUACUGAUGGAAACCAAAUAGCGGCCAGAAGCUAAGGAGUCCCUGGCGAAUUGAUGAAGCACAGUUCGGACAAUCCCUGUGCCGGGGUGAAAGGAAUGGAAGUGUGCGCGGUUCCUCCGCCCUCCCCGACGCGCGUCCGGAACCUCCCUGGCUGUCAGGUGGGUGGCGGCGAGCCUCAGCCGGGAAACCCUGCCGGGGAGCGCGGCGUGCCCAUCGGGUGGAGAGGAACAAGCCCCGCGGAGCGCGGCGCGUCCCGCGGCCGGCCGCCGCUCACCUUUGUUCGCCUGCCCUCGCUGCGAGGAGAGAGCGGGCCAAGGAACCGUGGAAGCGCGGGGGCAACCCCACGGCUCCGCGGCCCCUCCCGGGCGCCGGGAGGAAAUCCGCAGGCAAGACAGACCCUCUCUGGCUCCCAGAGCGGCAGCCGGACUAAAGGGUCAGCAAUCCCUUCCCGAACACAAAGGUUGGGAGGCGUGAGCAAGAGCGCUGGGGCGCGGGUGCGUGCGCCACAGAGCACGCGUGUGCGUGUGCGCGCGAGGGUGUGCGUGUGUGUGUGCGCGCGUGUGUGUGUUUAGGGGGAGGGGAGG